AAUAUCGUACCACUCUCCGCCACAUGAAUCAUAUGUCCUGCUCCAGUCCUCCUCGCGCAGCCGACGCUCACAGUCGUCCUUGACUCCGACGCUGACCACCAUGUCGUGCUACGCUCCCAUCGACAUACCCGCCUCGGGCAAGGAGCCCUUUACCGACUACGCCCGCUGGCGUCUCCGCUCCUCGGAGGACGGUCGGCACACAUGGCACUACCUCAGGACGGACGAAGAGUGCAAGGCGUGGCCGCAGACGGAAAUUGACAGGUACUGGCUCGGACUUCCUGUCGACUUGCCUGCGCUGCCUCCGCCGAAGGAUGCCCUCGACGCCGCACGGAACGGCUUCAAGUUCUACAAGCACCUCCAGGACGCGGACGGGCACUGGGCGGGCGAGUAUGGAGGGCCGAUGUUCCUGCUUCCUGGUCUCGUCAUUGGAUCGUACGUCUCGGGGAUGACCUUCACGCAGGAGGAGAGGUUGGAGAUCAUCCGGUACCUCAUCAAUCUUGCCCACCCUGUAGAUGGUGGCUGGGGCCUGCAUAUUGAAGGCCAGUCUACUGCCUUCGGUACAGCACUGAACUACUGCGUCAUGCGCAUUCUUGGCGUGUCGCCGGAGCACCCUACCCUCGUGAAGGCACGGGCUACUCUGCACAAGUUGGGAGGCGCCACCGGCGUGCCGUCGUGGGGCAAGUUCUGGUUGUCCGUGCUGAACGUGUAUGAUUGGGAAGGUAACAACGCUAUCCCACCUGAGCUCUGGGUUUUCCCAGAUUUGACACCUUUCCACCCGCACAAAUGGUGGAUCCAUACCCGCACCGUCUACAUACCCAUGUCUUACCUCUACUCUCUUCGCUGGAAGAUGGAGGAGAACGACCUCAUUCUCGCGCUCCGCGAGGAACUCUACCCUCAAAAUUACUACAGCAUCGACUGGCCCGCCCAGCGCAACAAUGUAUGCCACGUCGACCUGUACGCCCCUCACACCGCACUCUUCGACUUCCUCUACUCCAUCCUCAACAUCUACGAGCCAUGUGCGGUCCCGCCGCUGCGCAAGCUGGCGAUUGAGAAGUGCUACCGGCUCGUCGUGCAGGAGGACGAGAACACGGGCUACCAGACGCUGGGGCCCGUGAGCAAGAUGAUCAACCUGAUCAUCCGCAGCAUCGUGGACGGCAAGGAGAGCGAGGCAUACAAGCUACACAGGGAGAAGCGGGCCGACUUCUUGUGGAUCGGCAAGGAGGGCAUGCGAAUGUGCGGGACGAACGGCAGCCAGCUGUGGGACAUCGCCUUCAUCACGCAGGCGCUCGCAGAGACGGGCUUGGGAGACGAGGUCGAGAACAGGGAGAACUUGGUGAGGGCGCUGCGCUGGCUCGACCAGUGCCAGAUACAGCAGAACCCAAAGCACUUCGAGUCUUCUUAUCGGCACCCGACGAAGGGCGCGUGGCCAUUCAGUACGAAGACGCAGGGAUACACCGUCAGCGACUGCACGGGCGAAGGGUUGAAAGCUGUUCUCUACAUCCAGGAACACAUCGAGUCCACGCCGAAGCUGGUGUCAGAGCGGCGAAUGUGCGAUUCAGUAGACCUAUUAUUGGGUAUGCAGAAUCCGGACGGCGGCUUUGCGAGCUACGAGCUCAUCCGUGGGCCGGAGUGGCUAGAGUUGCUCAAUCCCGCGGAAGUGUUCGGUGCGAUCAUGAUCGAACAUAGCUAUCCAGAGUGUACAACCUCCGUGAUCACAGCGCUAUCCAUCUUCAGAAAGCACUACCCACACUACCGGUCCGCUGUUAUCGAAAACGUGAUACAUAAAGCGGUCAAGUAUCUGCACAAUGCCCAGACGCCAGAGGGUGGCUGGGUAGGUUCGUGGGGCAUCUGCUUCACGUACGCCGCCCAAUUCGCGUGCGAGUCGCUGGCGCUCGUCGGGGAGACAUACGAUAGCAGCCCGUACCUGCGAAAAGCCUGUGAGUUCCUGCUCAGCCAUCAGCGGGCAGAUGGGGGCUGGGGGGAAAGCUACAAGUCAUGCGAAACGAGCACUUGGGUGGAGCACGAACAGACGCAGGUCGUACAGACCUGUUGGGCAACCAUGGCGCUCAUCUACGCGCAUUAUCCAAAAGCGGAGCCAAUCGAGCGUGCUGUCCGUCUUGUGAUGUCGCGCCAAAACCCUGAUGGCUCAUGGUCCCAGGAAGCCAUGGAGGGGAUCUUCAACAAGAGCGUGACGAUCGCCUACCCGAAUUUCAAGUUCUCCUUCACUAUUUGGAUGCUCGGCCGUGCACAUCAUUACCUUGCUGACCUUAAAUCUCGUCAGAACGGCCAUCAGAACGGCAAGGCGAGGCAUUGAGCAGACAGUCGUUCUGUACGAUUUUGUUUGCCUUGUUCCGCAACGUUUUGCUUUCUCCGGACGUCGCAAAGCGUCUUCGUCGUGUAUACGGACUUGUGUCAGCAGAGUGGGCACUCAGUGGAGGUGGUAGACGCCCAGUGUGCUCCGAGACUCGAUCACAUCCGUAUAUAGCCGUGUCAAUAAUGUCAUGCAACCAGAUCCG